CAGUCAGGCGAGGCUCCAGGCAGGCAAGGUCCUGGGUUUCCGUAUCCUGUUUUCAUCCGCUACAAUUCCACCCACCAUCUUCCACACCAGUGUGUUCUGUAGCAGCCUGCCUUUUAGAGUAUCUCCAUCCUAUGAAGGGCCAAGCUGUAAAGAUGGUGCACAUGACAGACGUUUUGGCUAUCUUGAAGAAUCCCCAGCUCUUCCACCUACAUGAUCAAGAAGAGAAUCCAGAAACCAUCCCCAUAAGAAGUCCAGGGGCUCUGAAAGCUUCUCAUCAAACAUUUAGGCAUUUUCAGUAUCUUCCAGUGACUGGGCCUCACCCAGCUGUGAGCCAAAUCCAGGAGCUCUGCCGGCAAUGGCUGCAGCCCGAGACCCACACCAAGCAGCAGAUGAUGGAACGACUGGUGCUGGAACAGUUUCUGAGCACCCUACCGGAGGAGGUGCAGACCUGGGUGAGGUCAAAGCAGCCUAAGAACAGCAAGGAGGCAGGAGCCCUGGUGGCUGGCUUGAUCCAAGCAUGUGGGGAGAAAGGUUUCCUUGCUCAGGACUUUGUCCUUGCCGAAAAGAGGAACACCAAAAAACAAAAGAAGGACACAGAGAUGUCUGAAAACCCCUUAUCUGCUGGACCCCAGGAGUUGGUGACUUUCCAGGAUGUGGCUGUGGACUUCAGCCUGGAGGAACUGACCUACCUUAGUGCUGCUCAGAGGAAUCUCUACCGGGAGGUGAUGCUGGAGAAUUACAGGAACCUGGUCUCCUUAGGGUACCAGUUCUCUAAACCCGACAUUAUCUCACAGCUGGAAGAGGAGGAGUCACAUGUGAUGGAGGAAGACAGGGAUACAGAGAUGCAUCACGAUGGGGAAAAAAGACCUAAAACCAAAGAUCUAACUCCAGAGCAAAGCCUGCCUGUGGAAAAGCCAUCCUUGGGGGUGGGAAUGGAGGAUUUACAGGUAGGUAACUUCUUCAGUGUCCACGAAGGAGAGUCUUCUCCUGAUGGUCCAACAGACUUGUACCAGGUCGACCAGGAGAAACUUUCAAGUUCUAUAAAGAUGAGUGAGCCCGAGACCCCUGCUCAGGAAAGAGGCCGUGACAGUGAUGGUUUUGAAAGAAGCUCAGAUCUCACUAAACAGUCAGAAGGUCCUCCAGGAAAGGACCCCCAGCAAUGUGCUACUCCUGGAAUUGUCACCAGCCCCCAGCCAGUGGUUGAUGAGCCUUUGCUCCAAGAGAACAGAGACAACAGAUGUGGAUUUUGCGAAAGAACUUUUAUCACCCAAAGAGCUCGUGAGAGACAUGAGCAGUUGCAUGCUGGGAAGAAACCCUUUGAAUGUAAACGAUGUGGAGAAGCCUUCAACCUCAUGCCACACCUCACCAGACGUCAGAGGACUCAUUCCAGUGAGAAGUCUCGUGGAUGCAGUAAAGGUGGAAAGUCUUUCACCCGGCACACAAACACCUGUCGCCGUGUAAGAAUUCAGGGUCAGGAAGACUACUUCGAAUGUUUCCAGUGUGGCAGAGCCUUUAUCCAGGAUGUGCAUCUUUUCCAACAUCUCAAAGCCCACGAGGCAGCCAAAGCUCUUCCCCCUAGGUUGCCCUGCACUAAGACGUAUUUCAUUCGCUAUCAGCGGAAACAUGACUAUGUUGGAGAGAGAGCCUGUCAGUGUUGUGACUGUGGCAAAGCCUUCAGCAGGACUUCACACCUCAUUCAACACUAUCGAAUUCACGCCCAAGAGAGGCCUUACCAGUGUAAGCUGUGCGGGAAAUGUUUCAGCCGACCCUCCUACCUCACUCAACAUUAUCAGCUCCAUUCUCAAGAGAAAGCUGAUGAGUGCAAUUCCCACUGA